AUGAGUCUGGACGGAAAUCAAGCACCGCCAGCGGCUGCAGACAACGACUGGUCACCUGUGGUCAUGGACUGGUGGGAGAUGCCCCAGGACGAACAUCAGCAAGAUGACCAGGGCGACGCUCAAAACGAGCCCGCUCGCGGAAUCACUUACGUUGGGGGGCCUCUCCGAGAGCCCCUGAUUGAAGAGACCUCUGAUGCUUUGGAACCCGCUAGAGUUGUCGAUAUCGCGCACCAUACAGAUUUUGUUGAUGUCGCGCAGCAGAAAGUCAAUACCCGUAGACCACCGCAACAAGGAUCUCGCUCUAAUGAGAACAACAUGCCACACAGUCAAGCUCGCCGAUACUCUCAGUUUCUUCUCCACGAUAUCCAGAAUGAACUCAACGAAGGCGAUACCCUGAUCUUCGUCGACUUUCCGGCCCCUAUGAACACUGCAGACAGCGUUGAUUGCUUCAUAUACGCAUGGAACUCAGUUCGAUUCCGAAUGCCCUCCGAAAAGCUCUUGAGCACUGGUUCUUCCAAGUUUGCUGAGAUGCUUAAUCCCACCUACCAAUUCCGUGUUCAACGUCGACGCAAGAUUGCUAAGAAUCUUCCUCCUGGCAUUAAAUACGUCUUGGAUCUUACGCCUCCUUCCGAGGGCGAUGAUCUCGUUUUCCAGAUGACCGAGGCUUCGCUGACACCGGGCAUCAUCAACUGGUGGACAGCUUUUGACAGACAUGGUGUAGACGAUUACGUUGUGUCUGGCCAUGAUGAUGUCUGCUCUUGCUGGAAGGAAAACAAGGCUGACAGCCUCAACAUGUUCAUUGACAAGAUCUCAGCGAGCGAAACGACACGCGAUGAAAACAAGGAACGAGACCCCGAGAUGGAGUACGCCAUCAGUUCGGCCAUCAGAGAGAGUUUGCGCGAGGUUGUCCCAGAGAAUCGCCAUACCAAAGAGAGGGGAGAGAGGCUAUAUACGGAGAACAAGGGAUUGGCCGCCAGGGUUCUGGAGAAGAAGUCUAGAGGAGACUACACUCCAGCCCCGAUUCCCUCCCACAGACGGAUCCCGGACUAUUGUCCGAUCCGUCAUCGCGUCAACAUCCUCCGCCUGAUGUGCAUCAUCGCUAACAAGCGAGUUUUCAUCGAUUCGGCAUCUCGAGUUUGGACGCUGGUUGCAGUGGGGAAGAUUUUGGACUGCACCACUGUUGUGCGCGAUCUGGUUCUCCAGUGGAUCACCAGUCCUAAUAACACCUCAUUCAUCGAGGUUUUACCUGAAGAGAGCCUUCAGCUUGGUGUCACCCUCAAGCUGGACCACAUCACCCGCUCAGCAUUCCGAAUCUUGGUGAACGAGCUUGCCCUGGAAGAGGCCGCUGGUGUAAACGGUACGCCAAAGGCAGCGGCCUACACUGUCUUCGGACGCAAACGCCACGAUCCUGGAGACGAUUUGAACAAUCUGAUCCAGCACGCAGCCAGAGCAAUGGUGGAGCGUGUAUCACGGCCUGUCAAUCAGCUGGUCAGCGAGACCAUCUUCGAUGACUUGCAGAUUCCGGAGUGGACACGAUUGCAAAAUCUCAUCAGCAUGCUUUCGAGCUGCCCCGAUGAACCCGUAGUCUUCAGAGCCAAGAUCUCCGCGCUGUCAGUAUCAAUGUCGCUGAAGAAUCUGUGGGAAAACCCCGUGGUUUAUAAAAUGCUCAAGAAGCCUCUUGACGCCGAUGAACUCAUCAAGAUCGACGACCACCGAGCUAGUUAUGUUGACAUCCACAACUUCAACCGCUUUGAGAUCAUCUACAGCCAGUUUAACAAUGUUCAGAAAGCUUUGUGCACCUUUAUGUAUAAGGCUGUCGGCAACAAGCCGACAUCUUUACCUAACGUGUUCACUUCAGGCUCAUCAGGCCAACUGAACAUCUACAAGUUGACCCAGACCAUGUGGAGUCACUUGAGAGAGGUUCUCGAUGAGCACCCCGAGUUCACUAGAGAUCCCGCCUGGAUUGCAGUUCUGAACCUGCCUCCUCGCGGCCUGUCAUUAAUGAUGCUGGCUGCUCGUCGCGACUUCUUUGGCUCAGCUGGCGCACUGAGACACGCGUUCGACCCCCAUGCUUUCCAAAAGCCGCUCCAGGACUUCCUCCAGCCAUUCUACCAGGAGUGCGUCCGAGCCGACUUUGAGAUCCGGAUGAACCUGACGCCGCACCUACUGCUCAAUUUGCACCACAACGAGCUGAAGUUUCUGCCGCUCUGGGCCGGCGGUAACGACGACGGUACCGGAGGCGUCUUCGAGCACUCCCUGCCACCCGCUGACUAUGGACCAGCGGGACCGGGACCGGCCUACCACACCGGCCUCACGAUCCCAUCGGAUGCCUCGAGUACUUCGGGUUCGAUGAGCAGCGUCUUAAUGCAGCUUCGCCUGGAUGGAAGCGGGAGCACCAUUGGACCUGGUAGCGUCGAUGUGCAGGACGGCAUCUCGACCGUCUUCAACCCGAACAAGGUCGUGGCUGACGAUAUAUCGAUUCGCACAGAGUCAUUCACGGAUGGAGACUCGGAUUACGGCAUCGCCAAGCUCGCUGUUCCCACAGACGACAUUCGUGCUAUGGCCCUCAAUGAGACCCCCGACCAGUCAGACACCGGCACUAGCAUCAAUUUCGAAACCGACAACGACGUGGACGACGAGGUGAUGACGGAGAUUGGUCCAGAGGAAAGUCGCUCCAGAGAGCACACUCCGGAGUACGUCGUUGGGGGCUCUAAUGCUCGCAUGUCGCUUUCGUCCCGUGAAGGCCGUUUGCCUUCCGCCGAGCCUUCUUCGAAGAGCACAGCAUCUUCUUCCCUUCUUGACGACGACGAUGAUUUGGUUAUGGUUUAG